AUGCGAGCGGAACAUAUUAUUUGGGAGGUUGGGAAUCUCAUGGAAUUUUUUAGGGAGGUGCAGAAGCUAGGGCGCUCUUUUCAGGGUGACGGGGAUUGUAUCUUGGCAAGGGGAAGGAGAAGAGUGGGGGUGUGUCGCCAACCAAUGCUGGUUGCUUGGUCCCGGCCACCAGAGCAGGGACUAAAACUGAACACGGAUGCGAGUGUCACAUCUUUGGGGGUGUUUGGGGGAGGAGUGGUUCGGUCCAACGAGGGGAGAGUGAUAUUUGCUUUUUACAAGGAAUUUGGGGAAGUCAGGGUGCUUAAUGCUGAGGCUCUGGCGCUGUUGUCAGGACUGGUAUACUGCCAGGAUCGGGCAAUAACAGGUGUAAGGGCAGAAUCUGACUCUGCAGCUCUCGUUCGAAUGAUCGCCUCGGGUGCGCCAGCUAGUUGGCCGCUUUGCAACGUCCUCCGGCAGAUCCGUUUUCUGCUUCACGAGCUCGGAGGGUCACUAGGGCAUGUUUAUCGACAAGCAAACAUGGUUGCAGAUGCACUUGCUUCGGCGCAAUUGACUUGUGAUUCGGUCUUCAAUGGCGAAUGGGAACUUCCACGUCGGGUUAAAGCUCUUGUAACACUAGAUAGGCUAGCAAUUCCGCAUGUUAGACAAUAA